UCAACUCAACUCACCACGACGGUCGACCUUUUCUCUUUGGAACUUCAACCCUCUCAUCGUCGUCAUAUCAUGGCUACCAGAAACCCUUAUCUUUCUGAGAGCGCUGCCGGAGCUCUCGAUGGCUUUCGCGCUAGAAAAGUCACUGGUAAACAAGUCGAAGCCGCAAUGGACCAUUCUAUCAAUCCCUUCACUGGACGUCCUUACACCUCUCAAUACAAAGAAAUUCUUUCAAAACGUAAAGCUUUGCCGGUCUUCAAACAGAUGCCAGAGUUUUUUGAAAUGUACAAUCGAAAUCAGUUUGUAGUUAUGGAAGGAGAAACGGGAUCAGGAAAGACGACUCAGAUUCCACAAUAUGCAGUAUACAGCGAUCUACCUCACAUCAAAAAUAAACAAAUCGCGUGUACUCAACCCAGACGAGUAGCGGCGAUGAGCGUAGCUAAACGUGUAGCCGAUGAGAUGGACGUCAAGUUAGGCGAACAAGUGGGUUACAGUAUCAGGUUCGAAGACUGUACCAGUCCAUCUACCAUUUUGAAAUACAUGACCGAUGGAAUGUUAUUAAGAGAAGCUAUUCACGAUAAUCGACUCGAAAGAUAUUCGACAAUCAUUCUUGAUGAAGCUCACGAACGAACCCUUGCAACUGAUAUUCUGAUGGGCUUGUUGAAAGACAUUGCUAAACGUCGCUCUGACCUCAAGAUCAUUGUCAUGUCCGCAACACUCGAUGCAGUCAAAUUUCAAUCCUAUUUCAACCAAGCUCCCUUACUGAAAGUUCCUGGUAGAACGUUUCCUGUCGAGACCUUCUAUACACCUGAGCCUGAACCUGACUAUCUAGAAGCCGCGAUCCGGACAGUGUUGAUGAUUCAUCAAGCUGAAGAACCUGGUGAUGUUUUGGUCUUCUUGACCGGAGAGGAGGAGAUUGAAGAUGCUUGUCGCAAAAUCUCGAUUGAAGCCGAUAAUCUAGUCGCUAACUCCUCUGCCAUAGGUCCCCUGAAAUGCGUACCGCUUUAUUCAUCCCUUCCCCCUCAGCAACAACAGCGUAUCUUUGAUCCACCCCCACCACCUCUCACCCGAAAUGGACCACCGGGUCGAAAGGUUGUCGUCUCGACCAACAUUGCCGAAACUUCAUUGACCAUCGAUGGGAUUGUGUAUGUGAUCGACCCUGGCUUUUCGAAACAGAAGAUCUAUAAUCCUCGUAUUCGAGUCGAGUCAUUGCUUGUCUCCCCCAUCUCUAAAGCUUCCGCUCAACAACGUGCUGGACGGGCCGGUCGAACGCGACCAGGGAAAUGCUUCAGGUUAUACACGGAAUCUAGUUUUGUGAAAGAGUUAGAGGAACAAACCUAUCCCGAAAUCCUUCGUUCAAAUCUGGCUAGUGUGGUCUUAGAAUUGAAGAAGUUGGGAGUCGAUGACUUGGUCCAUUUCGAUUAUAUGGACCCACCUGCACCUGAGACGGUGAUGCGAGCUUUGGAGAUGUUGAACUAUUUGGCGGCGUUUGAUGAUGAUGGAAACAUGACACCGCUAGGUGCCAUCAUGGCCGAGUUUCCUCUCGACCCACAACUUUCGAAAAUGUUGAUCUCGAGCUCAGAGUUCAAGUGUAGUAACGAGAUUUUGAGCAUUGCUGCCAUGUUAUCAGUUCCCAAUCCGUUCUUGCGCCCCCAUAAUCAACGUAAGGAAGCCGAUGACGCUAGGGCACAGUUCACACAUCCUGAUGGUGAUCAUUUGACGCUUUUGAACCUUUUCCAUGCCUACAAGAGUCAAAGUGACCCGAGUAGCUGGUGUUGGCAGAAUUAUGUCGCUUAUCGAGCGAUGCUUCAAGCUGAUAAUGUGCGAUCACAGCUCACACGAACCAUGGAACGAUUUGAUCUCGAUCUAGUCUCAACCGACUUUAAUGAUAAGAAUUAUUAUACUAAUAUUCGAAUGGCUAUCACUACUGGAUACUUUAUGCAAGUGGCACACAAAGAAGGUGCUAAGGGAAGUUAUACCACUCGGGAUGGUCAAGUGGUGGGGCUUCACCCUAGUUGUGGAUUAGACAAUAAUCCUGAAUGGGUGCUUUACAAUGAGUUUGUAUUAACUACACGAAACUUUAUUCGAAUUUGUACAGAGGUAAAACCUGAAUGGCUAUUGGAUUUUGCUCCAAUGUAUUUUGAUAUGUCAACUAUGCCAGAUGGAGAUACUAAACGUGCAUUACAAAGAAUCAUUAUCAAACGAGAAGGCAAAUCGAAAUCUGGAUCACAUGAAGAAAGAAGAGAAAAGAAAAAACGAAAGAAAGCUGAGAAGUAGUGGAACUUGAAUCUUGGAUGGUUUGAAUGAUUAGAGUAUUGUUUAGGAGAGAAGUACUUUAGUGAGAUCUGUUUCAUUCAUUUACAAUAGAAGAAAUCUUACUGUUAUGUAGACAUGUGAUCUUUGGAAGAAGUUUUGUUUCUUGGUUUAGAACAGAGUUUUCAACAAUAUAGGAACUUGUUCAAGUUUGACCAGUAUGAUUGGUCUGAAUGGACUUGAGUUGAAGGCUUUUUCAUGCUUU